GGGACCGUAGAAACUACGGUAGGUAGGGAUCCCAACAAAAAAAGGCGGGAGGUGCGUACGGGUGCAGAAGGUGGGCAAGCGUGGGAGGAAGGGGUGGUGUAUUUCUACACCCACACCCUCACGCUUGCUCUUACGCUUACGCAUCGGCACGCUGCCACGUGCAGGAUCACGACCAGUGACAGACGCCAACCUGAACGUGGUCAAAAGGUGUCGCUCGCGUUUUCACAUGCAGGUGUCACGAAGCAGUCUGAGUGCGGGAACUUGGCGUAUUAUUAGCUGUGCCCAUCCUCUCAUUGGUUUAUGUGAACUGAAGAUGUUAUGAUUAUUAUCCCAUUCCGCAAGCCUUCUUUGACUUUGAGCUGCAUUUACUUGGUUGCUGACUUUGACUUUGAGCUGCAUUUACUUGGUUGCUGACAAUCCCCUUUUCCUCUGUGGUACUCACCGAUCACGAGCUGAACGAUCAUCCAUCUCAUUCGAGUUGCAGACGAUCCAUUGCAUUAAGUACCCCCCAGACUGCGCUCCCUCUCCCUCCUCYUCCCCCCCCCCCCCCCCCCCCUUGUCUGCCCCCCCGAGCAUAAUCUCCACACCGUCUGCAGACUAUUAACUUCAAUUCGGUAUCGCGAUAAAGGGCCAUCUCACAUAUCCAUGAUAUUAUCAAUCCCGCCUAACUCGAAAGAGACCUGGUAUCAGGAAAGCACUGGCUACUUUGCCAGUUAAUGGGAAGGGGUCCCCGUAUCUGCUUAAGAGCGUAAAGAGCUCUUACUCUACACCGCCUGAAGCUACAACUUGAGCCAAGGCGUCGAUGGGACACGUUGACCGUGUCUUUCUUGUCUGUCCCAACGUACAUUGAUCCAACGGAGGGCCACCCUCAUUCUGUGCCAUUUCUGUUGUUGUUCGGCGGCAACGGUUGCCGUAUUCAUGCGUUCGAGGCGUAAUGAUGUAAACGUCGUCAUUAUCAGCUGUUAGAGGUUGUUGAUUCUUUCGACAGCAUAUUUUACGAGAAUAAACACUGUCAAUACUGUGAGGUGGGGUGGUGAAACCCGCAGGGGCUGCAGACGUGGCCUGUAGGAAGAAGUACGCUAUCGGUCUGCGAGUGACAUCAGACGGUGUAAUUUGUCAGUUAGUUUGCUGGCCCGCCGGUUCUCAAGUCCAGAGUCAAGUGGUGUGGGAGAGAGGGGGGAGGACCUGGUCUGCUGCUGUUCAGGUAGAAGAAGAAGGAGAACAAGAAGAGAGAAGAAGGAAGCGGGUGGGUGAGAGGAGGCUGUCGCUCCGAGGAGAGAGAGAAGAGGACAGACGCAGUAGUAGUAGAAGAAGAAGAAGAAGAAGAAGGCGUCAUGGGGAAUACCUCCUCGCAAGAGACGUCGGCGAGGCGUGGACGACCCAAGUCCGGUUCUGGACCUGGCACAGGCCCAAGAACCAGGGUGAAAGGUCCCGGUGGGACUCCAAAGCAACCCAGCUUGACAAGUAAUGUGUUGGGGAAAGAGACGGAGGAUCUGAAAACUCUGUACGAGGUCACGAGGGAGCUAGGUAGGGGUCAGUUUGGAGUGACCUAUCAGUGUACGGAUAAGAGGACAGGAGACCUGUACGCAUGCAAGACGAUAUCGAAGCGGAAAUUGAGAAGAAAGGAAGAUGUAGAGGAUGUGAUCAGAGAAGUGCAAAUAAUGCACCAUCUGAUAGGGCACAAGAACAUCGUGGAGCUGAAGGGAGCGUACGAGGAUCAGGCGGCGGUGCACCUGGUCAUGGAGCUGGCGCAGGGGGGGGAGCUGUUCGACAGAAUCGUUGCGCGCCAUCACUACACCGAGCGCGCGGCGGCCGAGAUGUUCCGUACGAUCGUCCACGUGGUGGAGAUCUGCCACUCCCUCGGCGUGAUGCAUCGGGAUCUGAAGCCGGAGAACUUCCUCCUGAGCAGCAAGCGCGAGGAUGCGGACCUCAAGGCCACUGACUUCGGUCUGUCUGUCUUUUUCAAGCCGGGACAGAAAUUCACGGAUAUCGUCGGGAGCGCGUUCUAUGUGGCGCCCGAGGUUUUGGCGCGCAAUUACGGCCCGGAGGCUGAUAUCUGGAGCGCGGGAGUCAUCCUCUACAUCCUCCUCUCGGGAAGCCCGCCGUUCUAUGCAGAGUCAGAAAAAGGCAUUUUCGACGCAAUUGUACAGGGUGAUCUCGAUUUCCAGUCAUCUCCAUGGCCUAGUAUAUCCUCCGGUGCCAAGGAUCUGGUCAGAAGGAUGCUCACCCAAGACCCGAAACAACGUAUCACCGCCGCUGAAGUCACCCACCAUCGCUGGAUGAGAGUGGACGGCGACGCGCCCGACAAGCCGCUAGACAGUGCUGUUUUGACGAGAUUGAAGAAAUUCGCUGCUGCUAACAAGUUGAAAAAGAUGGCUUUAAAGGUGAUUGCGGAGAACAUGGCUUCGGAGGAGAUCGAAGGCCUGAAGGAGAUGUUUAGGGCCAUGGACGUGGAUGGGAGCGGGACAAUCACCGCUGCGGAGCUGAAGACGGGUUUGGCCAAGCAGGGCUCGCACCUGUCGGAGAAAGAAGUGAGCGAGCUGAUGAGCUCGGCGGAUGUCGACGGAAAUGGGACCAUCGACUACACAGAAUUUAUUGCCGCGACCAUGCAUCUCAACCGAUUCCUGAAGGAGGAACACAUCAUCAACGCCUUCUAUCAUUUUGACAAAGACAGGAGCGGGUAUAUCACGGCUGACGAGUUGGAAGCUGUGCUGACGGAGAACAAGAUCGGUGAUAAGAGCGAGAUCAAGCAGAUAGUCCGAGAGUGUGAUAGCAAUAGAGAUGGGAAAAUCAAUUACGAAGAGUUUCUCGCGAUGAUGAGAGGCACUGAGCCUCAGCAGCAAAGGCAAUUCGUGUAAGGAUAAGGGGGUACUAAGAGGAUAAGGGGGUACUAAGAGGGUAGGAGGACCUCAGAAGGCUGAGGAAUUUGCGGUUGUGGUUGCGGCUGCUGGGUUUGGGGGAUGGUGGGUGUGCGGGGGGGGAAGGGAGAAGGCGUGGCACGUGGGCGGGGAGAAGAAUACCACUGACAGUGUUGAUUGGGUGUUGAUUGGGUGUUGAUUGGGUGUUGAUUGGCACUUGUCGAGGCUGUAGAGGAUUGGGACAGGGAUGGUGGGUGUGCGGGGGGGAGGAGAAGGCGUGGCGCGUGGGUGGGGAGAAUAAUUCAAAACUGUUGAUUGGGUUUUGAUUGGUAAUUGCCGAGGCUCCAGGGUGAGAAGGCGCGGGGGGGGGGCAUUUAAAGUAUUUGUACGUGUAAAUUGGGGGACUGCUGGUGGUAUUGGUGGGGGCACGUUUUGGAAGAGGACAGUUUUCUCCUCGUCCGACAAAAUCUAUUGUCUUUUCAUCGUACUGGCGCGACCUGGGGUAGUGCCUGUACAUAACAAGCACAGCCUCUCUGAAGUUGGUUGCCAGGUAGGUGAUAGGUUCCCGCCAAAGGUGGUGGCUGAUGAUAAAUUCCCGCCAAAGGUGGUGGCUGGUGAUAAAUUCCCGCCAAAGGUGGUGGCUGAUGAUAAAUUCCCGCCAAAGGUGGUGGCUGAUGAUAAAUUCCCGCCAAAGGUGGUGGCUGAUGAUAGAUUCCCGCUAAUGAUGGCUGAUUGAUUCCCGCCAAAAGUGGCUGAUUUACAUUCCUGCCAAAUCUAGCUGAUAGAUUCCCGCCAAAAGUGGCUGAUUUUUUACAUUCCUGCCAAAUCUAGCUGUGAUAGACUCCCGCCGACGCACUCCGCCCUGGAAGCUUUUUGAAUCAUGUUUGAUUGGCCGAAUGUCUUCUUGUUCUGUGGGCAGAUACCUUUCUUACAGCCGUAUGUGGGUUUGGUGGGGACCACUUGUCGUUUGCCACGUGGCGUCCCUGCGACGAUUGCAUCAUCAUCUCUCGGUAUUCGAUCCCCUGAUGUCCCACUGUUCAGGUAGAAAAUGUACGAGGGGAGGAGGACCUGGUCUGCUGCCGCGGUACUCUUCUUCUUCUUCUUCUUCUUCUUUCUCUGUUUUCUUUUCCCGACUCUUCUUGUUUUUGUUGUCAAGCGGUCAGAUCUCCACAAUAAUAGUAUCCCGAUGAGAGAGACUUCAGGGGGGGGGGGGGGGGCAGGUGGACGAAGAGGAGAGAGACUUCAGGGGGGUGGGUAGGUUAAGGUAUGGUACGGUUUUACAGCCACACUGCUCAAGUGGCAUAGAGCGAGCUGCUUGUGUACUCGCACUAGCACCUUUUGUCUCAAAUGUAUCCGACCGCAAUAACGGCCUGACCUGGAUGAAUCUGACCGCAAUUAUGUGCACACCAGUACUUGGAACUAUGGUUAAAUGCAUGCUUGUGGG